CACAUCCUAUUGUCUUUUGGUGUAUAAAAGCAGGUGGCCAAAUGGUAGACUGACAUGGUUCCGACGAGAUCAUUCGGGGAAAUGAAGCUGUACAUUUUCUUGGCGCUCCUCAGCACUGCACUUGCGGGUGCAAAUUUUGACAAGCAAUGCGGACAGAAGGCCAAAGUCGGGUUGUGCAAAGCUAAGCUGCCGAGAUGGUGGUUCAACAAGGAGACUGGCAAAUGCGAACAGUUCUAUUACGGAGGCUGUGGCGGCAACGAAAACAGAUACCUAACCCAGAAGAAGUGCGAAGAGACAUGCUUAUCCGUAAAGCCUAUCGGGAAGUCACUCGUAGAUCAUGAGGCUUACAUUGGAAUCACUGACCAACUCGUGCCUGCCGCAGUCUGCCACAAACCACCGUUCUCUGGUCCCUGCAUGAGUUCCGUCCCGCGCUUCUACUACGACCAGAAGACAAACUCGUGCCGUCCCUUCGUCUACGGUGGCUGCAUGAGCAACGGCAACAACUUCGAGUCGCACACAGACUGUAUGCGCUUAUGCGGCUCUGUUAAGCCUGGACAACCCACUCCGCUAGUCGCAUAGGCAAACAGAAACCAGUGCCAGCGGUAUCUCACCACAGAGUGCACCCAAAAUAUUUUCUUCUCUGCAUGCUUACAAAAGUGAAUAUUAGCAUGGCUAUCAUCCCGGGGCCUACAAGAUAUACUGCCAUUACUCGAGAAACCAUCAAGCCAACCUGCACGUUGGAUGAAUACCACUUUGACUGAUGAAUACUCAUUUCCUAUCUGACACCUGUGUGUAAUCCAUAUUUAACUGCGAACAAUAAAGGUGUUGCCAAGCA